AUGACCAGAAAGAUCUUCACCAACAGCAGGGAGAGAUGGAGACAACAGAAUGUCAACAGUGCAUUUGCCAAGCUGAGAAAGCUCAUACCUACCCAUCCUCCAGACAAAAAGCUCAGCAAGAAUGAAACCCUUCGCUUAGCCAUGAGGUACAUCAACUUCCUUGUGAAAGUGCUUGGGGAGCAAGGCCUGCAGCAGGCAGGGGUUACUCCGCGGGGAAGCAUACUAGGGCUGUUGCAGCAAAGUCCGAGCUUGGAAAGCAUGGAAGAAUUGACUCUCAUUGAAGACUCUGAGGUCCCUUCUCCCAACACAAGCAGCAGCGUUCCAGAGUGCUGGUCAGAGACUUCCUCUCCGUGA